UCGCCCCCCUUGGCUCGCACUGGCUACGAAGUCGGCGAGCUCUGCUUCUUGCUUGCGAUGAAGUAGAGCAGGGGACGAGUACCUGGAAUCUAGCAAGAUUGCAAUUUUGAAAUGCGGAUAGCCUGUUUGAUGGACAUUUUGUGAGAGAGCUUGCAUCCUACUCUCAAGACUGAAACCGCAGCGUGCCAACUAACGCGUACGGACUUGCACGUCCAAGUUGUUACACAAUUUACAGAUAUUGUUUUCCUUAAUUACAUAGUUCAUAUUUUCCAUUUUUUUAUGUAGCUCACACAGUUUUAUUGCAUAGGAUUGGUCAUAUCGGAUCUGAAUGGUUUUUGACGUAUUUGAUCAAGCGAAAGUGGAUUCUCUGUAUUGUGGAUCAAAGUCGCCAAAUAGCACGUCGACCAACAACAUGGAUGUUUUGGCGAAUUACAGUAUUUUCCAGGAACUCCAGCUUGUCCACGACACUGGCUACUUCUCUGCGAUGCCGUCCUUGGAGGAGAACUGGCAGCAGACUUGCCUGGAGCUGGAGCGCUACCUGCAGACGGAACCCAAACGUCUCUCGGAGCUCUUUGACGAGGAGCUGGACAGCCUGCUCACCCCGUCCUUUUCUAAGUCCGACAGCGAGGAGGAGCUCACUGACCCGCUGCUGCCCGGUCUGGCCGAGCCGCCCAGCCCCCCUCCGCCGCUUCUCAGCCCGCCUCGGGAGCGGGAGCACCCAUCGCCACCGUCCGGCACCCAGAGCCCGGACCCUCGGGCGGCGGCAGUGGCGGCGGGGGCCAGUUCCGGUUCCGGAGGGGUCAACGCGGCGCAGCUGAGCGCCGUCACCUCGCUGACGCCGCCCUCCUCCCCGGAGCUGGGCCGUCACCUGGUCAAGCCGGCGGCCGCGCAGACCCUCAGCGCCUCGGCGGACGGCACGCUCACGCUCAAGCUGGUGGCGCGCAAAGUGGGCCUCAGCGCCGCCAAGCUGGUGGCUGCCCACGCGUUGCCUCUGGCCCACGCCCGGCUGGGGUCCGGCGGCGGAGGUGGCGGUGGUGGUGGCGAUGACGGGGGCGAGGCAGGCGCCUGCCCGGGGUCCGGAGGUGGAACGGUGGCCACUGGAGGAGGGGAGGUCCCCGAGAACAAGAAGAGGGUGCACCGCUGCCAGUUCAACGGCUGCCGGAAGGUUUACACCAAGAGCUCCCAUCUGAAGGCGCACCAAAGGACACACACAGGUGAGAAGCCGUACAAGUGUUCAUGGGAAGGCUGCGAGUGGCGUUUCGCCCGGAGCGACGAGCUGACGCGACACUACCGCAAACACACCGGCGCCAAGCCCUUCAAGUGCAACCACUGCGACAGGUGUUUCUCGCGAUCGGACCACUUGGCACUACACAUGAAGAGGCACAUCUGAGGACGGUAGAAGAAGAACGGGGGGAAAGAGUGAGAGAACGAGGAGAAAAGAAGAGACGAGGGAGAGGAGAGAGGAAGAUUAAGACUAUAAGAGAGAGAGAGAGAGAGAGAGAGAGAGAGAGCGAGGUGUGACUUAUGAAAUGAACAAUGAUCCUGGCCCCAUCUUGAGAGAAAAAAAAAAGACCCAACGACAAAAACUGAAACAUAUUCUUUGAUUUUGGGGUUCAGACGCCAAAACAAAAGGCUGAAAACACAAGAAUUGCUAACUGAUCAUCUGCUCACGAAACAAAUACUGAUCAGCUGAAAUGGCUGAUGAACUGGCCUCCGAUCAGCUCUAAUGGCUGUUGAACUGGUCUCUGAUCAGCUCACAUGGCUGUUAAACUGGUCUCCGAUCAGCUUGUAGCCUGUUGAGCUAGUCUCCGAUCAGCUCACAUGGCUGUUCAACUGGUCUCUGAUCAGUUCGUAUGGCUGUUGUGGUUGUUUUUUUUUUCUCUCCUUUCUUUUUUUUUGUUUUGGCCAAAGACUUCUUUAUAGGAGAGGAGCAACAGAUGGAAGCCAUGUUGCAUCAGUGUGGCCACCCGCAGCAGCCGAGUCUGAGCCAUGGGGAUCAGGUACUGCCAAGCAACAACGGCGUGCGUUCUAAUCACGCAACACUCGGUUCUUAUUUUUAACUAACGGACCCCGAGAGACCGCGUUUAAAAAGAGCCUGCCUGCACCUAUCAGCGAAGGACACAUCCGUGGUUUCGUGUUUGCCCGAGUAAACACACCCGUGCUUAGGCUGGUAUGCAUCCGGCACCCCCCCCCCCCCCCUCCCCCACACGGCACUUGCACUUACACUCGUGCGAGGAUGGUUGCUAGUUUCGAGAGGCAUGGUGACUCGUCCACGAGGAAUGUUGACAUUCAGAAUCUGAGACCAAAAUGGGAGAACCGCUCACUUUAGUGCUCUGUGCGGACACCAGCCCACUUGUGGGCUCACACACCUUCCUCUGAAGACUGUAUCUCUCUCUCUCUGUCCUUUCUUUCCUCUCUCCCUCUCUUUUUUGGCCACUUAGAAGCUGCGCAGCGACACUUUUGGACCUUUUAUAUUCUAUGAAAAAAAAAAAAAAAAAAGAAUCUCGUUUGGAACUACUAUGUCUUAACUAAAAAAAAAAAAAGCGUAACUUUUCUCCCCUGCUUUUAUGAACUUCAUUGUGGAAUGGACGUGCACAGAAGAAGAAGAAAGAAAAAAAUUUGCCAUAUGCACAAGCUUUGCGAAAGCCCACCACAGCCAGCCGUCGCGCCAAAAUCCACCCAGCGGGGGUAAAAAAAGAUUUUGUGAACUCCGAAAUGGAAAGCCAACUAGCAAAGAAGGCCCCUUUUGCUAUUGCAAUGUCCCCUAACCCCAACCCUAUCUUUUUUUGUCACUACCACUUUGGCAACUACUGGAGCCACCCUCCACCCCUACCCCAACCCCCAGAACAGUGUCCCUUUGGGCUUUCCAACAACAGCAUUGUCAUAUCGGCUCCCCUUUCUUCUCAAAACAGACUAACGAGAAGGCAGCAUUCUUAAGCCUCCCCACCCCACCCAAAUGGACCAGCUUAAACCCUCCACCCAUUAGAACUGGUCACACAGUGCGUCAUACAAUUGUGUGACCACGCUGUCAGUGACACCUCAUGACUAGAGACAGCAGUUGGUUUGUCAUUGUUUUGUCUCAACCUGGGUCCUGCGAGGCCCAUUGGGAUAUGUAGACAAAACAUCUGCCUCCACUUCUUGGAGCAUUAGUUUGAAACACUUUCUAAUGCAUUCUAAUGGCACCCAUGUUCCACCAUAGCUGAUGUCCACACAGGAAGUGGCUCUCUCAGUGUCUUUAUUUUUCUAGUGUGUGACACAGCAAGUACAGUAGACAAUGGCUUAACGAUGUAUAUGAGGAAAGUCCAUGGUGUUUGGUUUUUGUUUACGAUUUUUUUUUUUCUUUCCCUGAGGUGAUAGGGGAUGGUUAUCUACCCUGACCGUGUACAAUCAAGAGGGGUUUCAGUGGCACUUUGAACAGAAAGUGUUUGUGAAUGUACUGUCUGUUUGUCUGUCAAGUUUGUGUCGCCGUCUGUGUGUCUGUCUGUGCAUGACUCCUGCCCAAGUUGAGCAGUGCAAUGUUGGUCAUGAAAGGGGUAUAUACCAAAAGAGAGUUUAAAAGAAGAAGAAAGAGAAGAUUUGUGUCCCGUUUUAUCUCAGCAUUUACAUAGACGAUCGGCAAAUUGGAAAUAUCUGAAUACACCAAUGCCCAGAAGGGUCCAAUAUGGCAUCAUUUAAGACCCGUUUGACUGGUUGCGCAGUAUAGCCUGAAAAACUGGACUGUGUUCAGUUUGGACUGGAUUCGGAAUGUGAUCCUACAGAGGAAUUCCAGAGAUGCCUAAAGCCAGUUCUGCCCAAGUGCCAGAGUCCUACAGAUGGGCCAAUACAGGCUCGGAACGACACAGAUGGACCAAUCACGGCUCAAAAAUAAAUGUCAAGGUGGUCGGAGCCAAUUGGCACAUGUCUUUUUUUGCUCUCUAGAAAUAUACCCCCUGAGGUGCUGGCCUGCCGCAGCGACUGAGUGGUGUUAAGUGGGUAUGACUGAAGCAAAUCUGACGGUGAUGACACAACAUUAGAAUUGUGAGCACAGCCCAGUCAGGGCGUCCAUUUGUUCAUGGUAUUUGCUUUCAUUUUUGACCCAUCGCCAUCUCAUGCCUGUGAGAAAAGGGAGGGAAAAGCAAGGGUUAGAGAGAGAGAAAAAAAGAGAAGUGUGCUUGAUGUGGCACUCCAAACCACGCUGUCAUAUUUUUAGCAAAAGCUCUUGCUGUUCAGUCAUCUGUCAACAUGCACCAGCCUACUCCUCCCUCUCUUCCUACUCCCCCCCUCUUUCCUCUCCUCUCCUCUCCUCACCCCAUCCCUCCCCCUUUCCUUCAGGUUCCCUCAUUUCAGCCACCCGAUUGGCCGGGGCAAACCGGCCAAUGGGAACGGGACCUCUGACAGCAGGGAUGUCUGGGUAACGAGGAAGUGAUAUGGCGAGCUCCCAGCCGGUGGUCAGCCCUGGUCAGUCCUCCAAUGGAGUGGAACAGAGUGAGACCACACGAGGGCCUGCUCGCCCCGCGUUUAAUGCUGACCACAAGAUUGUAUCGCCGGUGCCCGACACACUCAAUUUCACUGCUGUGGCCAAAGGUGUCCGCUUCCUUCCCUCGGAGUCUCCACAGGCCGCAUUAGCGGCAUGAAAAAUAACAAAGACACAAGGUCACCAGAAAACCCAGGGCUCUUGCGACUAUGUAAAAAAAAGAGAGAAAGAAAGAAAGAAAGAAAGAAAGAAAGGAUAAACAAAUCGACAACCAUCCCCCGCAGAUGCUCUAGCCCCAUGGGCUCCAGUUAUUUGGGUGCGUGUGUGUGUGUUGUGUGUGAGUGUGUCUGUCUGUGGGGCGAAUUGCUGCCAUACCAAUCGAAGGGGCCAUGAAGUAGUUCUGCUGUUAACACACACGGACAGUUGAGUUGUUUUAUCUUGCCUGGAACCUGUCGAUGAAAUUUUUCUGAAUGUCUGCCUAACCCAGCCUCAGACAAACAGGAAGGGGAUAUAAAAUGUACAUGCACACACAGCCUACUAGAUUUGUAGUCUUUUGUAAACAUCUUCAAGUAGAAUAGACAAAAAAAAACUGAGACAGAAAAGGUUUAACUGACUUUGCCCUUGGAAAGUCAGCAUCUGCCUGUUCUCAUAACGUUAGCGUUGACAGUUCAGCUAAAUCCGGGGGAAAAAGCCUAGCUAACAAGGAUGAGUAGAUGUUAUUUUGUCACACCGUGACUUUGUUAUGGUUUUUGGCAGCUGUCCUUAAUGAAAUGCACUCAAGGGAAGAAAAAACAAGAACGCUCCGAACAAAGUAAUUAUCGAAGGGCAAAUGACCACACAUUGCUUGCUUUCACGUUCUUGCACUGUAUUGAACUGGGCACCUUUGUACACUGCUAGUCUAGAGAUGAUUGAGGCAGCUGUAUCAUGAACAAUUUUUUUUUUUUUUUUUUUUUUUUACGUGCUUAGCUCAUUCAGAUGCACAGUCAACCAGAAACCAGUUGUAGGGAGAAGGAGCACAGGACGGGAAGGAGGAGGAGAGGAGGAGGAGAGGAAGAGGAGAGGAGGGGGAGAAGGGGAGCAGGAUGGAAGGGUGAAAGAAAAGAAAAAGAGAAAGAGACACAAAUGGGUUGAAAGGAUGACUUAAUUCGUCCUUGAGUCGGGUACACUGCAUCUUGAAAAGAUUUUGCCUUCUGAGCUUGUCUGUUGUCACCUCUUUGUGUCUGUGUGUGUGUGUGUGUGUGUGUGUGUGUGUGUGUGUGUUUUGGGUGAUGUCUGGAGGUCACCGAGCCUCCUCAUCUGUGUCUGUGUCUCCCAUUCCUCUCCUCAGCUUGAGAACACUGGGACGGAUGCCCAUGCACUGGUGUAUUGUGGGAUUGCACUGGUUAGUGAAAGCAGUGGGCCAGACCCUCCCCCCCACCUGGUCUCUUUCACCAAAAGGCUUUAUGCCUCUUCCACCCCCCCAAAGCACCCCAUAACCCCAAACUCCAAUAUUCACAAUCUCAGUGAACAACAGUUGGAUGGUUUGGGAGAGUCAGACUGUACAGACCACUAGACAAGACCCCCUAAGAACGUGUGUGUGUGUGUGUGUGUGUGUGUGUGUGUGUGUGUGCACGUGAGGUGACUGUUCAAACGGCCGCCGUGCUUUCCACUAAAUAUCAAAUGGCAGCGAGUAACACACACCGACAAAAAUCGCCAAAACCUACUAAUAACUUUUAGCGCAUCUUUCUUUACUAGCGCUUCCUGCUAAUCUUUUCUCUACUCUCUCCAUCCCCCUUUCUCUCUCUCUCUCUCUCUCUCUCUCUCUCUCUCUCUCGCUCUCUCGCUUGGUCUCU